AUGUCGAUCAUAAUCCGACUUCAAAAUCUCCCUUGGGAAGCCAACUCGCAAGACAUACGUCGCUUUUUCCUCAACCUUUCGAUUCCCGAAGGAGGAGUCCACAUUGUUGGGGGGGAUAGGGGCGAUGCCUUCAUCGCAUUCUCUUCCGAUGAAGACGCUCGACAGGCCAUGGCGCGAGACAAUCAAGAAAUCAAAGGGAUAAAAGUCAGACUAUUCUUGAGUUCUCGGAGCGAAAUGGCCAAGACGGUUGAGCAAGCACGACAAGCCCAUCAAGCGCUGAUGGCGAAACCGGUCGCCGUCCCGGUGGUGGCGAAACCAGAGGAUCCCAAAGUUCCCUCUGCCAAAGUCGAAGAGAGGAAACGUUCUCGCAGCCGAUCUCGGGAAAGGAGACGAUCUCGAUCGAAGGAACGAAAAAGAGAUCGAUCUCGUGACCGGAAACGUUCUCGCUCCCGUUCGCGGUCCCGAACUCGGAACCGGCGCGGCCGGCGAUCCCGAUCCCGGUCCCGGUCGAAGGAUCGGCGUGACGGCAGGCCAGGACGCAAGCUGUCUACCAAAGAUACGGAGCUUAACAACAAUGGAAACAACAGCAAUAGCAUGAACGGUCCCUCGAAUGAUAGCGAGCCCCCUAUUUGGGAACCGGGAAUGCAGCCCGGUGCCCUGACGGCCCCCCCGGCCGCGAUCCCGUUCGUCGGCUACCCCAUAGGGGUUCCACCCGGUCUGACACAGAUUCUCCAGGGAAUCCAGACAGGCUUGCCGGUAAAUCCGCUAGCGAUUGCGGCCUUGGCGCAAACGACAGCGCUCCAGGACCCAGUUCCUGCCAUACCGAAACCACCGCCAGAAUUGCUGGCGCCUGUAACCGGGAUUCCCGCGCUCAAGUUACCUCCGAUGCCCAACAUUGCUGGCAUAAAAGCACCCCUUUUGCCAACUCCUGAGCCACCAGCCAGAAAAGCAACACCCCCUCCCUCCAGCAGUUUACCCGUGUUUCCAGUGUUCAAAAAUACGCUGACCAAUGGAAACGGAACGGAACCGAAGUUCGUGUUCAAAAUUUUGGGACUGAACGAGCUCCCAAAUUAUAAUGAUGUCCGGCAUUUCUUUUUCGGUGUCUGUUUGCCGCCAGGAGCGGUGAAGGUCCUCUGGGACGGACCUUAUCCGACGCUUUUUGUGAGCGUUAAAAAUUCGCAUGACGGAAACCUCGUGUCGAGUUUGAGCGGUGAAAUGCUGGGGAGGAGUAGGUUGAAGAUUGAAGCUUGUGACAAAAUCGAGUUCCAGAAAGGGGAAGACUUCUAUGUUGGCACUCCACUUCAAGCAGAAUCCGUGAGGUUCAACCGCAUCGGACGGGGGCUCAUCUUGGGCGGCAGAGCGAAACCGGUAGAUCAAGAUCUCGUCGUUGUCGUGACCGGAGCGCCGUCAGACGUGACCGAGGGCGACGUUCGGAUCUUUUUCGGUGGACUCCAUCUCAUCGAAGUAUUCAUCACAAACAGUCAAUCACAGCUGAGCGGCACUUCUAGUCCAUAUUGUUUCGCGGUGCUCGCUUCGCUCAACGAUCUCGAACUCGCCCUACGCUUCUGCGGUCAUCGAAUCAAGUCGAACGUCGUCGAGGUGCUCGUUGUGAACAAAAAGAUCUUCGACGAAAUCAAGACGCGAAAUUCCAGGAAGAAAUCCUCCGGCCGAGGGGAGAAGAGGGUCUCGAGAUUCUCAAGCGCCGACGAUCGCGUCGUCCCUGCGGUUUCCGCCGCAACGAAAGGCGAUCUCGACCCGAGUAAAACGGUGCUGCUGAUCGAAGGUCUCCCAUACGAUAUCGUCGAUCGACAAAUUGGUGAAAUGUGUCUGGGAUCCGGCGUGAACUGUCGAUCGAUACACAUUAGGCAUGGCAACAACCCAUCGCAAACGAGCUGUGCGUUUGUCGAGUGCAACACGGCUCAAGACGCUGCGACCGUCGCCUCGAUCAACGGAAGAGAUUUCUACGGCUACAAACUGAAAGUGCAGACGGUCACGCCGUUGUUCAUGCAUAAUAUGAUGCGAAUAAGCUCGGUAGCACCUCCACACGGUAUGCAAGCCAAUCGGCCCGCAUUCGACGGGGACGGGCCGAUGGGACCUGGAGCGCCGUUCAGGCCCCGCGGCCGUGGAAGCGGCCGUCCGGGAAUGCGGUACCCGAUGAUGCCGAAUGGCAUGUCCAACAGGUUUCCGGCGGGACGCAAUGGAGGGUCGAUGCCGAGCAUGAAGCCGGAUGUUCCAGAACCACCAAUUCUGUCCGCGGCAGAUCCGUUCGCGAAUUCUCGAUGCGUCGUGGCGAUUUGCAACCUCAAUUAUUCGGCCGGAGUCGAUGAUUUGAUAAACGUGUUCAAGGACUACAAUAUCAGGAAAGAUCUGAUCAUGAGACGGUACAACGAGCAGAACCAACCUACCGGCGAUGCCCGCGUGGCUUUCGCAAGCCCCCAAGAAGCUGCGGAAGCCGUGCAGCGAUUCAACGGAACACUAUUGCUCGGAAGAGCUCUUCGCCUUUCGCUCCUUGGUUGA